UACACGCAACUUGGUCAUCUUCCUUUUUCUUUUUUAUUCACUUUUAUCUUCAUUACUUAUUAUCUCUUCUCUCUCACUUUCCCUUUCUCUAAAGCCUUUGAUUCUUCCCCAUUUUUUAAAAUGAAUCCUGCUUGUGUGUUUUGAGCACUAAUGCCAUUGUUUGCAUCUCAUGAAAUAUCCCUUUCGGUUUAUUCCUCAACAAACAGUCAUGGCUGCCAAAACAGCUCCUAAAUGCUUCUUCUUGUUCCUCUUCUCUUUCCUCAUCCUCUCCAUUUCUUCUUCUGGAACUUUGGUGGGUUUAUCCUAUAAUGUUAAAGGAAACUCGGCAUAUCUUGAUGAAGUAGUUUCUCUCUUGAAGCUGAACAAGGCCUCUCCUAGAGUUUCAGUUGAUCUUUACUUGAAUGAAAGUCUUGUUGACAGUUUUUCGCAUUCUGAAUCAUCUGCAAUUUCUUGGCUCAAAACUCAUGUAGAAACUCUUCUCCCACAUGUGAAAAUCAGAAGCAUUGUGUUAAUCUGCAGAUAUGAGAAUUUAUCAGGCAAAGAUGUUUUAGCAAGAUUGAAAACAUUCCAUUUAGUUCUUGGUAAAGUUGAUCUUGGCAGGAAAGUUAAGGUCUCAGUAGGUUUUUCAUUGUCUUUAUUAGAGAAUCUGCAAACAUCCCAUCAGAGAGAUUUGCAGAGAAUUUUUUAUUUUGUGAAGAAAAUUAGAUCCUUUGUUAACAUUGAAGCUUGUAUGAGUGGAGAAUCAGGCACUGGAGAUGAUUUUGUUCAGUCAAUCAUCAAGAAAGUUAGUAAUAAUCUUCCAAGCAAUGACGUUCCUGUAAUUUUCAGAAUAAAAAGUCCUGUUUUUCCUAGUGCUAGAGCUGCAGCUGAAUUUGUCACAAAAGUUUCAAAAUCUUUAGAAAACAAGAUUGAACUAUAUGCCGAAGUGUCUUCCUUGGAAGAUUUUGUUCAGGAAGAACCAAUCUUUUUGCCCCGAAGAGAACUCCUAAACAGCCUGAAAAUAACUUCACAUGGCAUAUUCAAUCCUUCAACAGCAAUCUUUGAAACUGAAAUCCCUAGACCAACAAUUGUCACUGUCCCUGCUACUAAUCCUGUCACUGUGACGCCGAGUCCUGAUUUAACUCCUCUCCCAAUUACCUCCACCACUCCUGUGAACAUCCCUUCAGCAACUCCUGACAAUCCUCCCGGGCCAGUCACCAAUCCUGCCAUGACUCCGGUGCCAGUAACUGUGCCUGGAGCUCAGCCUACUACAAAUCCUGUAACAACAUAUCCAGCUCCUGCAGGAAAUGUGCCUGUCUCUACACCAGUUACAAGUCCUGUGACACCUCCUGCACAGACUAAUGCUCCUGCCAUUCGAGGGCAAAGUUGGUGUAUGGCCAGGAGUGGAGCCCCGGAGACUCAGCUUCAGUCAGCUUUGGACUAUGCUUGUGGUAUUGGAGGGGCAGAUUGUUCAUUGAUACAACAAGGAGGGAGUUGUUACAAUCCUAAUACUCUUCAAAACCAUGCGUCAUUUGCAUUCAAUAACUUUUAUCAGAAGAAUCCUGUGGCAACAAGUUGUGAUUUUGGAGGGACUGCAGUUAUUGUUAGCACCAAUCCAAGUUAUGGUAAUUGCGUUUAUCCAGCAUCAGCAUCAUCAUCAUCAUCAACACCGGCAACAACACCACCAACAACAACACCACCAUCAACAACACCAGCAACAACACCACCAUCUACAACGCCAGCAACAACACCUCCAUCAACAACACCAUCUACAACACCACCAUCUACAACACCAGCAACAACACCACCAUCAACAACGCCAACUACCACACCAGCAACAACACCAACUGCAACUGCCCCUCCAGCUACCACAACUGGAUCACCAUUACCGCCAGGAGUACCAGGAUCUGUUACUCCACCAUCAGUGUUAAAUUCAAGCAGUCCAAACACGAUUAUCGGACCUGAUAGUCCUCCGGUUGUGAACACGUCAGUUAGCGCACCCUUCAAGGGCUGCUUCUCUUUGGCAACAUCCUUAGUUACUGGAAUCAUCAUUCUAUACAUGUAGAAUAGAAUUAAUUUUGCAUGUAAAUUGAUGAAUCAGAAGCUCUCAGAAUCAACUCUAGAGGAAAUUAAAGAAACAUGAGGUGAGUCACAAAAGACUCAAACAUAUAUAUAGCUAGCACCCUUGUUAAAAAUAUCUAGAGAUGAAUUUAGUUUCUGCUUGAACCAUCCAUGUUCUAUGCUUAAAAAGUAGGCUACUGUGAUCUGUAAAAUAAGGAGUUUUGAUAUUGCAUUUCUUUGCUUUCAAUUGAUGUAAAGUUAGUAGUUCAA